CACAGGUUUCUGCCCAAGAGAGAUGGUGGCUGAACAGUUGGGAGCCUACAGUGGGUCCCUUUGGUGGACAACUGAGGGGAAAUAAAGGUGCACUUACCCUGAAACUAUGACAGCUGUCAGAUCAUACGGGGAGCAUAUCCCAUGCAUCAUACUUGGAGCUCAAAAAUCUGUCCUUGUACACAGACUUAAAUGCUGGCUCAGUGACAGCCAGUAGGCAAGCUGGAGCUGUCAUAUGUUAGCUUCAAGAAACUCCUGAAAGCAGCUAUAUGAUAUUCUAAUGUAAAUUAGAAUUCAUGUCCAGUCUGAUGUUUGGUGUGGAAAAAACAGUUUGGAAGUCUUUGUAUAUACAUCUCAGAGAUCACUGCAGAGUUUAGCAUGAUUGGCAGCCCUUGCUCAAAGACUGACGGACGGAUGGUUGUUUUAGGUCACUAGUGGAGUAAGGUUUGCCAAUGCACUAUCUGAGAAGCUUAAAUAAAUCUUGCCCUCAGUGACUACUGGUUUGGUGAGCAUGGUUUGGCCUUCAUUUUUGAGUGCUAAUGUUCUGUCAACUUUUUUGAAAGGAGACAUCAGACUUCCUUAGUCAUUAUCUGCAAGUAUGACCCCAUCUCAAGUUACCUUUGAAGUAAGAGGAACAGCAGAACCAGGAGAGGUUUUUGCAAUAUGUGGGAGUUGCAGCGCUUUGGGAAACUGGAAUCCUAAAACUGCGGUGGUUCUUCAGGCUGAUGAUGCUGAUGGUAUGUUAUGGAAAACUACUGUUGAACUUACUAGAGGAGUUGCUGUUCAGUAUCGAUAUUUUAAAGGGUGCUUCUUAGGACCCAAGACUAUCGAUGGUCCCUGCCAAGUCAUAGUUCACAAGUGGGAGACUCAUCUACAACCACGAUCAAUAACCCCUUUAGAAAAUGACAUCUCUGUUGAUGAUGGACAGUUUGGAAUCCAUAACGGUGUUCAAACUCUGGAUUCUGGGUGGCUGUCCUGUCAGACUGAAAUAAGAUUACGUCUACAUUAUUCUGAAAAACCACCUGUCUCAAUAUCCAAGAAGAAAUUUAAAAAAUCUAGGUUUAGGGUGAAGCUGACUCUGGAAGGCUUGGAGGAAGAUGAUGAUGAUGACAACCAAGAUAAAACUGUUACUCAGAAAAUGUCAAACACUCUGGAGAUCUCCUUAAUAAGCGAUACUGAGUACAAAUCUCGGCACUCUCAGCCAGAAUGUGGUUAUGGUUUGCAGCCUGAUCGAUGGACAGAAUACAGUAUACAGACAAUGGAACCAGAUAACUUGGAAUUAAUCUUCGACUUUUUUGAAGAAGAUCUAAGCGAAAGAGUAUUACAAGGAGAUGAACUUCCAGGCCAUGUGGGUUCUGCAUGCCUCUUAUCCUCCACGAUUGCAGAACUGGGAAAGAGUGCUGGAAUUCUCACACUUCCUAUUAUGAGUAGAAUUUCAAGAAAAACCAUUGGAAAAGUAAGAGUGGACUACAUAAUUAUAAAGCCGAUCUCAGGAUACAGUUGUGAUAUGAUAGCUUCAUAUGCUAAAUACUGGAAACCAAGAACAACACUAGAUGUUGGACAUAGGGGCGCAGGAAACUCUACAACAACUACCAAACUCGCUAAAGUGCAGGAGAACACUGUUGCUUCUCUGCGGAAUGCUGCUAGCCAUGGAGCAGCAUUUGUGGAAUUUGAUGUACAUCUUUCUAAGGAUCAUGUGCCUGUUGUGUAUCACGAUCUCACUUGUUGUAUGGCUAUGAAAAAGAAAUUCGAUGCUGAGCCAUUGGAAUUGUUUGAGAUCCCAGUAAAAGAACUUUCAUAUGACCAACUGCAAUUAUUAAAGCUGGCUCAUGUGACUGCAUUGAAAUUAAAAGAUCACAAUGCAUCUCUUAAAGGGGAGGAAAGCCCUGUUUCUGAGAAUCAACCAUUUCCAUCUCUCCAGACGGUUCUGGAAUCCCUUCCUGAAGAUGUUGGGUUUAACAUAGAAAUAAAAUGGAUCUGCCAACAAAGAGAUGGGAAAUGGGAUGGCAACUUGUCAACCUAUUUUGAUAUGAACCUCUUCUUAGAUAUCAUUCUAAAAACUACUCUAGAAAAUGCUGGAAGAAGGAGAAUUGUAUUUUCUUCAUUUGAUGCGGACAUUUGCACAAUGGUUCGGCAAAAGCAAAAUAAGUAUCCUGUGUUGUUUCUCACACAAGGAAAAUCUGAUAUUUAUCCAGAACUUAUGGAUCUCAGGUCUCGUACAACUCCUAUUGCCAUGAGCUUUGCCCAGUUUGAAAACUUGCUGGGAAUUAAUGUGCACACUGAAGACCUGCUUAGGAAUCCAUCAUAUAUUCAGGAGGCCAAAUCUAAAGGUUUAGUUAUUUUCUGUUGGGGUGAUGAUACAAAUGACCCAGAUAACAGGAAGAAGUUGAGAGAAUAUGGCAUUAAUGGGCUAAUAUAUGACAGGAUAUAUGACUGGAUGCCUGAACAACCAAAUAUAUUCCAGGUAGAGCAGCUGGAACGUCUAAAGAGAGAAUUACCAGAGCUGAAAUUCUGUGCAUGUCCCACUGUUAGCCACUUCAGUACCCUAUCUCUGUGUAAAUGUCAUAAUAGCCAUAUGGAAAUGAAUGGCAUAGAUAAUUUACCAAAUGCUUAAGUGUCAUAGGCUGACUCCAGGCAGGAUUCUGCUUUCUGUAUUUAAUUUUCACCAUUGGAGCAGUGCCAUCUAUGCCCUCAUUUUUUUGAGCAAUAACUAUGUUCCUAUUCCAUGACAGUACUUGCUAGAAUUUAAAAUUCUGUUAAUGUUAAGCCAGUUAUAAUUAUUAUUCCAGUUUUACAUCUAGUUUUUAAAUCCUCACAAUUGACAAGUUCAAAAUCUUAAAAUAGAAAUCAAGUACUGUAACAGUGUGCAAACAUGUCUUAUAAAAUGAGCAAUCUGAGGUGUGGUAGUUUCAAAGAUGAAAUUCUAGAGGUUACUGUGAUAUGAUAUUGAAACUGCUGAUGUAUCAUUUUGUCAUAAAUUUGAUUCCAGUACUAAUCUGACAUCAGAUUAGGAGAGUGAUUGUAAUGUAUACAUAAUUAGAUCUGGCCUGAAUAAAUUAGUACCUCAUAUGCAUGUAUUUGCACUGAUGCAUCCAAUUGUACAAAACCUUUGUGCCAUCUUAAAGUGGUGUGUGUGUAUAUACAGUGUGUGUAUAUAUAUAUAUAUAUUUUUAAGUAAACUGCAGUGCACAUGAACUGAUUUUUCUCGCUCUGUUAGAACCUUUAGGUUGCUGCCAUUUUUUGUUCUUUACCAGCCAAAUGAAUGGCAUAAAGUUUGUAUGUGGCAGUUAAGGGCGAACCACAAGUACAGCUUUUAAUUAAUCCCGCACAAACCUGCCAAACCUCAAAACGUUGCAGAUUUUUCAUUGGUUAAGAACUUUAUUAUUGCACAAUAAUCUUAAAAGAGUAAAUUUGUAUAAUGCACAAAUUCUAGAAAAUGCAUGCUUCAGGUAUUUUAAGCAUGAAAUUAUAGGUGUUUGCAAUGGUCCGUGCAUCCUUGAGAUGCUAGUUGAGUGUGAGGGUAUCAAGGAUGAACUAAAACACUUAAUAUUUGUUGCCUAAAACCAUGAGCCUAUAUAUAGGUAUAUUCAAAUAAGGUUUACACCAUCUACAGUUCAUCUUACUACAUGUUACAGACCACUAACUCUUGUAUUCUGCAACAAUCGUGAUUUUUUGCUUUGAAAAUUGAUUUCUCAGAUAAUCCUUAUCCUCUAUUGGCUGAUGUCUGUCCUCUGUAAUUUAUUCCAAAGUUAUAGUUUAGAAAAUCCUGUUAGAUAUGUAUGCAUGUUCUUCAAUUUGUACCUCUUAAGAUACUGUCAUGACAACACAACAGCUAUAACUUUUUACUGAAGUGUUCAUGUAUAAUAAAAAAAAACCCAAAUAUUUAUUUUUCCCUUGUUGUAAAUUGACAAUGAAAUUGAUAGCUUGUAUUAUACUCUUUAAAUGCUGUCAUUGUUGCAUAGAAUUGAUUACAUGAGCAAUUGCAAAUGCGUUUGGGCCUGCACCACUGAAUAGUUUGAGGCAAGAAGUUUCUUUCAGCUUGCCUUGCAUAUCUAGUUAUUUAAAUUUCUUUUGUCCUCCACAAACAGCACAGUACUUGGAAAUUGUCUUUAUUUAAAAAAAUAAAAUAAAUCUGAAUUUAAAAA